AGCCAAGGAGCCCAGGUCCCACUGAUGCUCUGCUAGAUGCCCCCCACCAGCAUGUGCCACCAAGGGCAGGGAGGUGCUCCAGCCAUGUGGGAGCCUCAUGCAUGUGAUGAGCAGGACCCCGUGAGCACUUCCCUCUCAGAGACCCUCUUCCACAGCGCAAAGAUAUGGGUCCCGGUGGAGCCUGCAGCUGCGGAGCCCAUCUUCCCCACCUUCCCGUCCUGUGCUCGGUCACAGGAGCAAAAAGCAGGUCCUCCUCCAGCAACCUGCAAGGAGGAGGAAGAGGCUCCAGCUGGGCUGAUGCAGGAGUUUCCUGGUGCAUGGGCACAGCUGUUGGAAAAGGAAAGAGACAAGGACAUGCACGUGGGGUUGUCACCCCAAGCAAUGUGGGUCCACGCUCACGGCCUCGCAGAGAGCCCUGGGGAGACGCUGUUCCACCAGAAGUCACAUCCGCGCCUCAACAGCCCUCCACCGAGCAGCGCACAGGGACGCCCACGCCGCCGGCCCCUCCGCUUGCCCAAGCCGCAGUGUCUAGCUGGUGGCCUGUCGCUGUCACUGCAGCUGCCCUCGAGGUACCCACAGAGCCAGAGCGCUUUGCUAGGGCUGCAGGACGGCGUGCACCGGCUUCGCGGGGGCUCAGCGCUCAUGCCCCGCCAAGGUGAACAGCUGCCCUCUGCCCCGCGGAGCCAAGAGGCCUCGGACGAGGGAGCCUGCUUUAAAUUAGGAGCUAAUCUGUCAGAGGCUGCCAGUGGGGCAAAACACAAAACAUGA